AUUCUGUGGGUGGACAACAGUGCUGUGAUCCGUCCCAUCGAUAUGCAUGAGCCCCCUCUCGUGGCAAACAACAACAGGAAUGAAAAAAAAUCCAGGUGCCAGGAGGAGCGGCUGCAGGGAGAAGGAAGAGAGAGAGACUCGGCGACCCUGAGCGCGGCCUGGACUGUGCGCCCGCCGCGCCACGCCGCAGCCACCCACCAGUGCCCCGCCAGCCUUCCAGCAUGCCGCUCUGCCGCCGCCACAGCGCCGCCGCCGCCGCCGCCGCCGCCGCCGCCGCCGCUUCCCUCGUCGUCGCCGUCUGUAUGGUGACUGUGACAUCAGCAGCACCUCAGAGAUGUUCUUCCAUAGCAGCAAAUGACAAGAAAUACACCACACGCUAUGACAGCAUCGAUAUUGACAGCAUCCUGAAGAGCGACCGCCUGUUGAGGAGCUACAUGGACUGCCUGAUGGAACGUGGAGCCUGCACUCAAGAGGGCUGCCUCCUCAAAGCGGCGAUUCCUGAUGCCCUGCAAACUGAGUGCUCUAAAUGUAGUGCUGUUCAGAAGAAACAAGCAGGCCGUGUCAUGGCCUGGAUACUUGAGAACAAGCGAAAUUACUGGGAUGAACUUAUUGCCAAGUAUGACCCAGAAGGCAACUUCCGCAAAAAAUAUGGUUAUGAUGAGGAUGAUGAUGAAGAGAAGAAGUAAUAUAAAUACAAGGGGUGAAAGAGGAAGGGAAACACUCCACUCCAUCACAGUUUGAAGGUUCAAAAGGCAUUUUGAAGUAACAGAAAAUUCCUGUUCUUUUGUAACAACAUUGAUACUUACCAUGUCAGGUGUAUCAGUGCUUCUGAUAAGAAGCAAGAAAGUGAUGAUGAAUUGUGGCUAGUCUCCUGGAACUAAAAAAAUCUAGUGUAAUUUUGUCAUGUAAUGACAUUCUUGGAGAGUUGUGGCAGUUAUGUGAUACAUAAUUUUUAUAGCAUACUAUAGCUAUCAGCCACAAUUUGGAUUUGGUUUACUUUAUGGAAAAACACCAUUACUAGUUCUGAAUUUACACAUUUAUUCCCAAAUGGCUUGGAUCCAUUUAUGCUUUUAUCAAAAUACAACACACUACAUUGUCUUUUAUAAAGUGUAAAUGACGAAUGUAUAAAUUUGAAACUAGUAAUAGUGCUCUUAUAGUGUAAACAAAAUUGAAACUGUGGCUCAUUGCUGUGCUGUGUGCUGUAAAUAUUCUAUAAGAAGGUUGUCUGAUAAUAUAAUGAUGGCUCUGAAUAUAAAAUGGUCUUUUGUGGAAUAUUACUGCAUGACACUUACAGAUCACAACACUAUGCAGUUCUUUGUAUUUUUUCUGUAUUUACAAGAUUAAAAGUUAAUUAGGAAUCUAUGUAAUUAGACAUAUCCCAAUACAGUAUAUCAGUGACAUAGCAAAAGAACAUUCUUUGAAAAAUAUGAUGAGGUUGUGUAAAAGCUAUUUUGGUUUACAGUUAAGGGAAAUGACAGUACUAUGGUCAUAUUUGAAGAAACUAAAGAUUAGCAACUAGUAUCCUUAUUACCCUGAAAUGGAAAUGCCAAGGUUCAAAGGAAAAGACCAUAAAUAUACAUAAAUUUGAAAAUCAUGUUAUUGUGGUAGUUCAGAUGAAAAGAAUGUAUUCAUGAUUGGAAUUUUUCUACAGUAAAAAUAUAAAAUUCA